UAAUUUUACCACAUCGCGGACCGCUUGUUUUCUAGUUUUCAAAAAGUUUGCAGGACCAAAACUUUUCUUCAUAUUUCCCUCACUAACAUUUCGUUUUUUCUCUACCCUUUAAACUUUUGUAACUCUUCUCUCUUCUCCACCUUUCGUCUUCUUUUUCAAUUAGCCCAUCGCGUAGAACGUAGGACAAAUUGCAAACACACAUCCCUCCCACCUCCCUCCACAACACAACUCACAUUACGACAAGAUGAAGAUCAACCAGGCUUGCAUGGCUCUCGCCGCCUUCAGCAGCACCAUUAUGGCUGCCCCCAUGAAGCGCGGAUACUCCACCAUCCCCACCCCCGCUGGCUACUCUGCCAUCCCCGUUGAGGAGUCCACCCCUGUUGCUGAGUACUCCACCUCGGAGACCGUCCAGGAGACCUCCGAGACCCCCGCCUACACCGCGCCCGUUGUGCCCGGCUACUCUGCCAUCGUCGUUCCCUCGAGCGUUGAGGACUACACCACCUCUGCUGAGGAGACCCCCGCCUACACCGCGCCCGUUGUCCCCGGCUACUCGGCUGUCCCCCCUCCCCCUACCGUUGAGUCUAGCUCUGUUGAGGAGUACACCACCUCUGCCCCUGCUGUCCCUGGCUAUUCUACCAUCCCCAUUGAGGAGUACACCACCUCUGCCCCUGCUGUCCCCGCCUACUCCGUCUACGUCGCCGACACCUACUUCUAAGUGACUGUUUUUAGCGUGUUAGUCGCAAGCGCCUAAUAUUUCUCUUUUUCAUAUAUUCUCUGUUUUACCAAAGUUCCUUUAAAUAAUGAAUUUUAACAAUUUAAGCAUUCAUCUCCUUUCUUCCCCCGCUCAACAAGCGAG